AGAUUGAAAGAAUACCAAAAGUCUUAAGCGGUUGAACAAAAUCUGGAAAAGAGAUCUGACGUCAAUAACACCAUUCAUUUCUGUUUCUCUUCUUUCUUGGUUUCACGCCUUCUUCAUAACCCAAUCUCUCUCUCUCUCUCUCCAAUUUUCAUCUCUUCCCAUCUGGGGUUGUCUUUACCCUUCUUCAAUUCUCAUUUGAUAUGCUUUUCUCGUUUGGGUUUUGCAUUUUCUAGCUCUUUUACACACACCUCUGUCUCUGUUUUCAACCUUUUCCUCCUCUUACCACCUUGGGUUUCAGUUUUGUUUCAGUUCAUUCUGUGUUCUCUUCAACAAAAAUUUCACCUGGGUCUUUAUUUUGAUGUUUUCUACUAAAAUUUAUGUGGUUUCCAUCUGGGUUUUCUUUUAUUUGUGAUAGAAAUCUCUCUCCUCUCUCUCCUGCGUUUUCUUUGUUUGAAAUUUCUUAAUCUCUGAUUUAAUCUUAUUUGUGUUAGAAAUCUCUCUUUCUCCCUUUCCCUCUCUCCUGGAUUUUCUUUUAUUUGUGUUAGAAUUCUCUCUCUCCCUCCGGGGUUUUCUUUUAUUUGUGUUAGAAAUCUCUCUCUCUCUCCAUUAUAUGUUCAAACCAACAAAUAAUUGCUAAUACUUCUUUUUGUCAACUCUGUUUCUGCCCUUUUCAAUGAAGUGUUUCUAUUACUUGAAGAACAGAGCCAGAAGUAGAGAACAAAGAUCAGCACCGGAACUAAACAACCUGAGCAAAUCCGAUGUUUCGGCAGCUGAUAGGGUGAGCAAGUCUUCAUGUUCUGCAUCUUCGCAGCGCGGCAUUCCGGAAUUGUAUGAAGAGAAAGCUCAGAAUUUGAGGGUCUUCUCAUUCUCAGAGCUGAGGCAGGCAACAAAUGAUUUCAGUAGGCUGUUUAAGAUUGGGGAAGGUGGAUUUGGGACUGUUUAUAAAGGUUCAAUCAAGCCUGUUGAUAAAAAAGGUGAUCCAGUUAUGGUUGCUGUUAAAAAGCUCAACAGAGAUGGAUUUCAGGGUCAUAAACAAUGGGUAGCAGAAGUACAAUUUCUUGGUGUUGUGGAGCACCCGAAUCUUGUCAAACUUAUCGGAUACUGUGCUGCGGAUGGAGAAAGAGGGAUCCAGCGGCUGCUCGUAUACGAAUUUAUGCCAAACAAGAGCUUGGAAGACCAUCUUUUUAACAGGGCAUACCCAAAUCUUCCUUGGCAAACAAGGUUACAGAUAGUGCUUGGAGCAGCUCAAGGACUGGCUUAUUUGCAUGAAGAACUAGAAGUCCAGGUGAUAUAUCGUGAUUUUAAAUCAUCAAAUGUUCUCUUGGAUGAGGAUUUCAGACCAAAGCUUUCGGACUUUGGACUUGCCAGGGAGGGACCAACCGCUGGGCAUACUCAUGUGUCAACCGCAGUUAUGGGAACAUAUGGAUAUGCUGCUCCAGAUUACAUUCAAACAGGACAUCUAACAACUAAGAGUGAUGUAUGGAGUUUUGGUGUGGUAUUAUAUGAGGUCCUAACGGGCAGGCAGUCACUGGAAAGGAAUCGACCGAAAACAGAGCAGAAACUUUUGGAAUGGAUAAAACAGUUCCCAAUUGAUGGUAAGAAAUUUGUGAUGAUAAUCGACCCGAGACUUGAAAAACAGUACCCUCUUCAUGCAGCUAGAAGAUUUGCCAAGUUAGCAGAUAGCUGUUUAAUGAAAAAUGCAAAGGAUCGGCCAAAGAUGAGUGAGGUGGUCGAGAGCCUGAAGCAGAUAAUCCAAGUUACAGAUGAAGAAAGCCUCUCUGAGAAAAGUUCCGAAUGCAACGAUGACACAAUUGACUCAGACAAGAAGCCAGGUCAAAUGGGAACCUCCGAAUCUGUGAAAAGGCGGAUGUCACAUUUGGCUAAACUGAGCGAGCAUGUCGGAGGAGUUAGUAGAAGACGAUUUAUGAUCUUGCAGAGAGCAAAAGCGACUUAGAUGAUGUGGUUUUGCUGUGAAAUUGGGGUUUUGUUUCUUUGGUAGAUUAAUGAUUCUUUUGCAGGAUCAUCAUGAAAGAGUACAGAAGGGGAGGUUAAAACUUUAUUCAACUAAAUUAAACUUGUCGAGGCUUAGGAAAAUUGAACCUAUUUUGGAUGUUGUCAGGUUAGAGCAGUGUUCUGCCAUUUGAAAAUUUUUUUUUUUCGGGAAAAAAAAAUGAAAAAGAAGAAGAUAAUGGCUUCUGUCAGGUACAUGUAACGCAAUGAGAGAUCAUAUCAUAUGGCAGAUAUUUUUCAAAAAAAAUUUUAAAAAAAUUUCCCCCUUAAAAAAAUAAUAAUAAAGAACUAGAAAGCAUGCUGUUGUAGAUUGCUAUUUUCAAUGAAAAGUGUAGAAAUGUAUGAAAAAUUCUAUGGAAAAAAAUUGGUUUUGUUAAUGGCUUUCUUGACAUAAAUUGUUGAUGGUUUUUUGUUUGUUGGUGUUGGGCCUGUUGGCUCAUGUUAUAAAGCUCUUGCAGUCGCAAUAAUGGACUUUUAGGUCAAUGUUGCCA